UUGGAUGGAAAUGACACAUUCCAAUUCACAUUAAAAAACAUUACUUUGACAUUUGGCCAUUUCCAUUUGCUACGUCUACUUUUAGCAGAUACUAUAUAGUACUAUUAUGUAUGGUGAAGUGAUAGAUUGACAAUUAGUUUCAUCGUCCCACUGUAUUCAUUCAAAGUAACUCAAGAUUUUUAUGCAAUUUUGGAAAAGAAAACUGAAAGGGUCCAAGUGAUCACCAGAUGAAUGAUACUGACUCAGAAAUCUCAGCUCCACUAAUUCAAAGAGAUGAUGAUGAUAACUCUCCGGUUGAACAAGUGGCACUCACCGUUCCCAUCACCGACGAUCCCACUAUUCCUGUCAUCACUUUCCGCAUUUGGUUUCUCGGCACUAUCGCAUGUUUUCUCCUCUCAUUCCUCAACCAAUUCUUCUGGUACCGCCGUGAACCCCUCACCAUCACCUCCAUCUCCGCCCAAAUCGCAGUGGUUCCGUUAGGCCACCUCAUGGCUAACGUCAUUACAGACCGAGUUUUCUUUAAAGGAAGCAAGUACGAGUUCACACUGAAUCCAGGCCCAUUCAACGUUAAAGAACACGUGCUGAUCACGAUAUUCGCUAAUUCUGGAGCUGGGAACCCGUAUGCGAUUCAUGUGGUUAGUGCAGUGAAGUUGUUUUACAAGAAGAAGUUGAGUUUUUGGGUGGCGUUGAUAGUUGUUGUUACCACACAAGUGUUGGGGUUUGGUUGGGCUGGGAUUUUCCGACGGUAUUUGGUGGAGCCGGCAGGCAUGUGGUGGCCCCAAAAUCUAGUUCAGGUGUCACUAUUCAGGGCCCUUCAUGAUAAAGAAGAGAGAGCCAAGAAUGGACUGACAAGAAACCAAUUCUUUCUCAUUGCCUUUGUCUGCAGCUUUGCUUACUAUGUCUUUCCAGGUUACCUUUUCCCAAUGCUAAGUUCCAUUUCUUGGCUGUGUUGGUUAUUCCCUUACUCUGUCCUAGUCCAACAAUUGGGUUCAGGGCUUCAUGGCCUUGGAAUAGGCGCCAUUGGGCUGGAUUGGUCCAGUAUAUCCUCCUAUCUUGGAAGCCCACUAGCUAGCCCAUGGUUUGCUACUGCAAACAUUGCUAUUGGUUAUUUUCUCAUUAUGUAUGUUGUUACACCUCUUAUGUACUGGUUCAAUGUUUACAAGGCCAAGAACUUUCCAAUAUUCUCGGAUGGAUUGUUUAAAGAAAAUGGUCAAGAGUACAACAUUUCAACCAUCAUAGACCCAAACUUUCACAUUGAUUUAGAAAAGUAUGAGCAUGAGGGUCGCCUAUAUCUCAGCAUUUUCCUUUCACUGACAUAUGCAUUCAGCUUUGCCUGCCUCACUGCCACAGUUGUUCAUGUCUUCCUCUUUCAUGGACGGGAUCUAUGGCAGCUCAGCAAGUCUGCUUUACAGGAGAAGAAAAUGGACGUGCACACAAAGCUCAUGAGAAAAUACAAGCAAGUUCCUGAAUGGUGGUUCACGAGUAUUCUACUAGUAAAUAUUGCAGCAACUGUAUUUGUAUGUGAAUAUUACAAAAACCAGCUUCAAUUACCAUGGUGGGGUGUUUUGUUAGCGUGUGGCAUUGCAUUCUUUUUCACCCUCCCAAUUGGAGUCAUUACUGCUACCACAAACCAAACACCUGGUUUGAAUGUGAUCACGGAGUGCAUAAUGGGAUACUUGUAUCCAGGGUAUCCAGUUGCUAAUAUGUGCUUCAAGGUGUAUGGUUAUAUCAGUAUGAAGCAAGGUUUAACAUUCCUGCAAGACUUAAAACUUGGACAUUAUAUGAAGAUUCCCCCUAGGGCAAUGUUCAUGGCUCAGGUUGUUGGAACCUUAAUAUCAGCAGUUGCGCAUCUGGGAACAGCAUGGUGGCUAAUGGACACUGUCCCAAAUAUUUGUGAUAGGGCUCUACUUCCUCAAGACAGUCCAUGGACAUGCCCAAUGGAUCAUGUAUUUUAUGAUGCCUCAGUGAUCUGGGGUCUGAUUGGGACAAAGAGGAUUUUUGGAGGUCUGGGCUAUUACUCUGCGACAAAUUGGUUUUUUCUUAUUGGAGCUGUAGCUCCUGUGUUUGUUUGGUUAUUACAGAAAGCUUUCCCAAAGCAUCAAUGGAUUAAAUUGAUUUCAGUGCCUGUGGUAUUAGCCGGAAUAAUUAAAAUGCCACCUGCUACUGCUGUCAACUACAACAGUUGGAUCAUUAUUGCGUUUAUUUCAGGAUUUGUUGUAUAUAGAUACUACAAGAAUUGGUGGAGUCGUCACAAUUAUGUCUUAUCGGGGGCAUUAGAUGCCGGAUUAGCAUUCAUGGGUGUAUUGUUGUACUUGUGCUUAGGACAAGAGCAUGUUAGCCUUCAGUGGUGGGGAAGUCAUACAGAUACAUGUCCUUUGGCUUCUUGUCCAACUGCGAAAGGGAUUAUGAUUGACGGAUGCCCAAUACUGUGGUGAUGGCCAUGGUUCCAUCUAUAAGUGUCAAAUUUGUUGGACAACAUUGUUACAGACUUUUGUUUGUGAUCGUGGCUGUUUGUGUAUUCGGGCUUCUACUGGAUGUGUCAUUGGCAGCAAGAAAAGAGGACUCCAUGUCAAAGUUUUACGAGUACAAGAUGUCGCAAACUUCUGUCAGAGAAUCAUGACUCAAGAAAAUGCUCUGUGAAAAAUAAAACUUGGAUUGUUUCCACUGUUCCUAUACCUCCUGUGAUGAAAUGAAAACUGCAAAAAUUGUUUCUGGGACAACAAUUACAAUAGUAAAUUUCUUUGUAUAAUAUAUAAACUUGCCAAUUUUACUCAA